CCGAGAAACAGCUAAAAGUGCGCAAAUCGUUCGGUCAAAAGCACGCUUCCUGUACACGUUGCCGUAAACUCCCCUUUCAUCAACAGGCGGGCGCGGGCACUUGGAGCUCUUUCGAAGAAACAAAAUCUACAACACCGAACCCUGCAAUACGGCUCCAAACAGGAAUUACUCGACUCCAAGAUGAGCCUCUCGACAGCUUUCGCGGCCGACUCCGCCUGGCCGCUAUGGGACAGCGAACCCGUCGACGGAGCUUUUGAAAUCGAUCUCCCGGGGGGCACCAUCGACCAGGGAGUCGUCACAAAAGUGUCCCGGCCAUGGCUGUUCGGCUACAAGCCGACGACGACCCCGAACGGGCGCGCCGUACUCGUCCUCGGCGGCGGCGGAUACGUGCAGCUCAUGGUGGGCCGCGAGGGGGUGGCCGUCGCCCGCUGGCUCGCCGCCCUCGGCUUCGAAGCCUUCGUCCUUGUCCACCGCUUCCCGACCGCCGAGACGGGCCCUUCGUCCCCGGUGGACGACGCCAGGCAGGCCCUGCGCCUGAUCAAGGAGAAGGGUGCCGGCCUGCGGGGCCUGGCGCUGUGCGGUCUGUCCUCCGGCGGCCACCUCGCUUCGGCGCUGCUGGCCGAGUAUCCGUCCUCGUGGGCGUCGACCGCUGGCGCGCCAGUUCCGAAGCCGGAGUUUGCCAUCCUCGGGUACGGGCCGAUCUCGACGAACGCCAAGGGCCACACCAUCGUGCCGAACAAGGCUCCUCUGGACCCGCCGGCCAAGCAGGAACUGUACGAUAUCGUCAUCCCCGACCAGCAGAUCGCGCGGCCGGCGCCCCCGGCUUUCAUCGUCUACUCUGCGACUGACCCCAUCGUCCCGGUGGUGAACGCGUACCGCCUGGCGCAGGGCCUCCAGGCUGCCGAGGGCUCAGUCGAGCUUCACGUCUUUGCGGAUGCGCCCCAUGGCUUCGCUCUGGAUACCAAGGACUUGCCAGUCUCCAAGUGGCCUUCUUUGGCCGAGGCUUGGUUGGAACAAAAGGGUUACCUGAGGGUUGAAUAAUGCAGGGACACCAAACUCGUAAUGCAAUAAUGAACUGUUU